AUGAUCCCUGUGCCGCUGCUGGUGUGUGUGAUGGCAGGCUGGUGUGCCGUCUAUCUCGCCGACACACUGCUGAGGUCGUCAGCGACACAUCGGAUCAGCUACGAGUCAUGGUUGGCGAGUCGAGGGCUGAUGUUGUCUCCUUUCCAUCUGAGAUGGCAAACCACCAUGUUCAACCGGCUGUUUGCGUACUGCGCCCGCAUCAACCCCCGAGCCCUCUACCUGUGGUUCAACAGCGGCCUCGUGUUCGGUAUAGUAGCCAUGCUGGGAUCAGUGGUGCUGCUGACAAAGACGCUGCAGCAGACGCUCGCUCAGAUGACCACAGACAACCCUCGAAUAGGAAGUCAGCAGGCCCUGCAGGUGGUGGUCCCUGGUGUCAAUCUGCCCACCAGUCAACUGGCCUACUUCUUCACUGCCCUGCUGCUCAGCGGAGUAAUACAUGAGCUGGGCCACGCUGUGGCAGCACUGAGGGAGCAAGUGCGAGUGAACGGCUUCGGCAUGUUUGUGUUUGUGGUGUAUCCCGGUGCGUUUGUGGACCUCUUCACCACACACCUCAGCCUCAUAUCACCCACUCAGCAGCUCCGCAUCUUCUGUGCCGGAGUCUGGCACAACUUUGUUCUGUGUGUGGCAGCAUUAGCCCUCCUCUUCCUGUUGCCCGUCUUUCUGUUUCCCGUGUACUCCACCGGCACCGGGGCGCUAGUCACCGAGGUCGUCCAGGGCUCUGCGGCUGAAGGUCCCCGGGGUCUGUCAGUUGGGGACAUAGUGACCAGACUGGAGGACUGUCCGGUCAAGGGAGUGGAGGACUGGAGCAACUGCCUGUCUCACCUCUCUCACAGCCCGCAGACUGGAUACUGUGUCCCCAGCACCAGCCUGCAGCCCAGCUGGGCUCACGGACGAGCUUUCAAGCGUUUGGAUGGAACGAUGGACUGCUGCAGCAACAACAGCCUGACAGACCUCUGCUUCUCUUACAUGAAACCACAGGGCAGGAACAGCAGAGAGAGAGAGUACGCCUGUAUGCCGGUGCGGAAGAUGGUGACUGGGACGCGAGUGUGUCGCACCAACGACGACUGCGCCGCAUACUCCCGCUAUGCCCUCAUUUGCGUCACUCCCUCUCUGGAGAACCAGACUCGCUUCAUCCGUGUCACACACCCGCCAAACACACACAUGCUGUUUGUGGGGUAUCCGCCGCACCUUCAGUACUCUGUGAGUCUGACCAACUUUGUGCCCCGCUUUGCUUUCCUCAACCUGGAUCUUCCCGUCUUCUUGGAGACCUUCUGCAAAUAUGUGGUGUCCCUCUCUGGUGCGUUAGCAGUAGUAAACUCCGUGCCGUGUUUCGCUCUUGACGGUCAGUGGAUGCUGAACGCCCUGCUGGAGGCCACGCUGGUUACUGUAGUAACGGACCGUCAAAAGCGCGACCUUAUUGGCUUCUUCCUGCUGCUGGCGGGCAGCGCCCUGCUGGCAGCCAACGUGGCUCUGGGCCUGUGGAUGGUCACGGCUCGGUAGCCACAGUGGUAAGCCACCCUGGCAAGACAAAAACUGAAUAAAUAAAUCGCCCAUGUGGACUGAGAGUUGUUCUCUUAGGAUGUGUUUGACACGUGUGGACCAUUUAACUGUGAACACACAAGGAACAGACUGCGUUACCCAGCAGUACUGCCCAAUUUCUGCAGAAUAUUACUUUGCCUUUAAUGCUUUACUGGGCAACCAGGGAAACAAUAAACAACUGACUUUCACCUUGUUGCCGCCAUAUAUACACACAAAAGCACAUAAACAGAUAAACAAUGCACUUGCUGUAAAGCACUAUCCUAUGUGACUGUUUACAAAAGACUGCUCAAUAUUUCCAAAUGUUAGUGUCUGUACUGUGUUUGAAGUUUGAGAGAAAACUGUCUUGGUUUUUGAAGGGUUUGAUUCCAAAAUGCCAUAUGUCCCUGUUGGAACAACAGGGAGGUUUGUCUGUCUUGGCUUCAGUGUGUGAGGGCAAAAUCAAUCCAAGCCAUCUUUGGACAAAAAAACUCCACAUUUUAAAAGCCUUUAUAUUAUCAGCGAAUGCAUGGCAAUACUUUGUUCUUUGACUGCACAUCACUGUUGGAAAAACUUUGCUACCUAAUGUUCAUGUUUUAACAGAACUACUGGCUCAUUAGCAAGUACAUGAAUUAGUUAAUUAAAUAAAAUGACUGCAAAUUUUUUUAAAGGUGCAGUUUUAUUCACUCUAGUCAAGUGUUUUUCUCCUCCUCGGGCAUUGUAAUGGGAAGAUAGUUUUCUCAAUGAAAUUUUUCUCCACUUUUUCAAAAUGAACUUUUCCCCAGUUUUCUCAAAGUGUAAGUUUUUAUUCUCUUGGCCUGUCACUGUCUGUGAUCUGACUCAUCAAAACUGUGGAAUAAAGGACUAAUUUUAUUUAAAACUC